AAAUACGCGCUGUUUUCAGUCGCUUGAGAGCGAACCUCGCCGCAACACACGUGUGUGCUCGGGCUCAACGCACCUUUGCCAAAACACAAACACCUCGUCGCGUUUUUUCGCGUGCCACUUUUCCUUGUGCGAAUAAUGAGUAUUGGUCUGACGUACCUUCUGGAAGCAGCGGAGUUCUUGGAAAGACGAGAAAGAGAAGCCGAACAUGGAUACGCGACGACCGAGCCUAUGCCCGACGACCUGCGGAGCUCACACCACAAGAGGUCGAAAAAUAAGAAAAGUCAGGGGAACAGGACGACCCACAAUGAGCUUGAGAAGAACAGGCGGGCGCACUUACGGACGUGCCUGGAGAAACUCAAGGACAUGGUGCCCCUGGGCCCGGAGUCGUCCCGACACACGACCCUUGGCCUGCUGACCAAGGCAAAGCGCUUCAUCAAGAACUUGGAGGAGCGCGAGCGCAAGGUGCUGAGCCACAAGGAGCAGUUGCAGCGCGAACAGCGGUACCUGAGGCGACGUCUGGAAAACCUGGGCUUGCUGAAUCCCAGCACGGUCAUCCAGCAGACCAACAAGCGUCGCUCCGUCAGCGAGAGUUCGACGGCGAGCUCGUGCAGCUCGGGCGUGUCCUCGUGCUCAUCGCGGCUCAGUUCGGCGUCACUGCUGCUGCUGCAGUGCUCGCCCAUCGGGGGCGUCGCUUCCUCGCCGUCGCCCUCGUCCUCGGCCUGCAGCGUCUCAGAGUCUGAUGAGGUUGACGUGACUGGGUACACGAGCUGCAACCAAAGUUCCGACGGAGACUCGAGCUCCGAUGACCAGGGCAGCAUCCAGUCCACGUCUAGCGACAGCGGCGUCGCCAUGUCCGCCUCGCGUCUUACCUUGGGCGAGUUCGCCUAGCCUGCCUCCCUUCGAUGGGACCCCGGAGAGAGUCUAGGUCGCUGCACGCCUCGGUUCUCUGCAAAUUAUUUAAACAGCCAGCGCCCGCGGGCGCACCACUACAACAGUUACAAGUAAAUCAAUGCCAGUACGAGGCGCUACACUUCCCAAAAAAAGUUUAAAAAAAGCAAACAAAGGAAUUUUUAUAUCCAGCCCUAUUAUUUUUAAUAGGCAUUGCACUUUUUCUCUGCAGUUGAAUAUUUAUUUCCUAGUCAACCAAAACCUAUUGAGAGAAGAAAUUUAAUGUGAAUUGAUUGAUUGCUCGGCGGCCUGCACGGCCCCCUGUAAAUUGUAAAUAUAUGAUUUUUCUGCGUUGCAACCAAAAAACGAAAGAAGUCUAGCGGUUUUUCUCACCAACUCUACGCGCCCAGGCGGAGAGGAGAUUUAAAAAUUUGCUAAUUGUAAUUUAAACCCAAAAGCCAAGUCUUAUUUUGAGAGCUGCCUGGGCUGCUAUUGGACGAACUGUUGCGCAUUAUUAAUAACCCACCCGUACUUGUUGUCAGUAUGAUGAUUAUUAUUAUGUUGUAAUAAUUAAAGAAAAACACACACACUGAAUGUUCCUUGAAAAACGAAAACUUGUGUGGCGCCUCCGAUUGAUAAUUGAAAGAAGAAAAAAGAAUGUUUCAAAUAUGAACGCUGAAAUCUCCCGCCAGAGCUAAGACUGCAACUGUUCCCAAAACAUUUCUCAUUUUCGGGAAUCACAAACAAAUAAUUUAACAUUCUCUGGCUCAAUAAAUCACAAAAUAAUAACGAUAUAACUGAAGAAGAAGUUGAUAAGCAAAUGGGAGAUAUUAAAAUUAUUUUUCUUUUAUUUUCCAAAACAAUGAUGAAAAAAGUACAAAUUGUAUGUAAAAAAUACAACAAAAAAAAAUAUAUAAUUUCCUGUUCUUCUCUGCUCCUUCUCGUGCCCUUCCCCCCUCUUCGAUUGAGAUAUAAUAGCUGAUAGAUUCGCUGUCAGUCCGAGUUCACUUCUUUGCCAUUCCACCGGACAAAUGUACUGUACUUGACACACUCGGAUCUAUUUCCCUCGGAGGGUGACUCGGCCAAGGUCACUUUGAUGCCAAUGGUGCUCCCUUAAAGUGACUGCCACUGUCAUGGCCGACCUGGCCUCCGAGAACCGGGAGCAGUUAAUUGAAAAAAACUAUUGUGAAAAAAGAAAGAAAGUGAAUUCGACUGGUGAAACCUGACGCCUCAGUGCUUUAGAGCUGUAUGUGUGUAGAGCGUAAAAAUCCCUUCUGUUAGAUGGCGUGAAUGGUGUUUCAAACAAUUAUAUAUCUCAGAGCAUGGUUAUAGCGCUUCUCUCUUUUCAAUUGAAAAUAAUAGCAAAAAAAAUUUUAAAUGGAAUAAUAAUACCGAGCAACUCGGACGCGCGUCCCCUUCCCCGGUCAGGCCGAGUGACAAUAAUGAACUGGUGUACAUUGCAACUGAUCUCACCCCCAAGCACUCGAAGCCUCCAGGGUCGGGGGCGCGCCGAGGGCAACUCGAGAAAAACCAGUGGGGCUCACCCGCCCUUACAAAUAAUUAUUAAUUAAUUAAUAUAUAAUUAACGACGGAGCAAAUGGAAAUUUCAUUCUUGGUUAAUUUCACUUCUUCCAAAGUGCGGGUCCGCUGGGCCCCCCUUGACCCGGGGGCCCAGCCGACCCGUACUUGCCUAGCUUUACGCAUUAGUUGCCUGUAACAAUAAGAGUAAACUCUAUGUCCAGAAAAUUUGAAAAAUUUUGAAAAAAAAAGCAUAAAAUGUUAGAGAAAAAUGUUAAAAUUAAUGUCUACUGUAAAAGCACCAAUUUUUUAAAGCAUACAAAUGGAAUAAUAUAUCACAAGCUGCGUUAAUUGUGAUGAGAGAGACAGAAAAUGUAGUUUUUAACUGUAUCAUCAUAGAGGUGAAGGCACAUUUUCGUGUGCCCUGCAGAGUUGGAGUAUGUAAAACAAAGAAGCAAAAAAAUCAUAAAAUGCCCAAUGUUGUACCUUUUAGGCUUCAGACAAAUCAAUACAACAAACAAACAAACACACUUCUCGAAAAACACACACACAACUACUUUGUGAGUGAAACAAAAGUUUCACAACAGAAUAAAGUAAAUAUUUCAAAUAUAUAUUCCUUUUUAAAAAAGAAUGUUAGACUUCCCCGAGAACGAGUCAACGGGAAUCGAUAGUAAGGGUUAAUUAUUGUUCUAUGAUGGAAUGAUUAAACAUAUAUAUUUUGAUUUGAUCGAUGAGAAUUCAAAACCAACGCAUGAUGUGUGUAUGAGUAACGGACUUGACGUAAGCUAAAUAAAUGAGUUGUACAUAUGGACUAUUAUGA